AUGUGGGGCGCCUUUGGCACCGUUGUGCGCAUAUACGAGUUCACUACCCCUGACACGCUCGAGGAACUGUCUGUCACGCACAGCCGCAUCGCAUGCGUCGUCCUCGACGCGUGCCUCAAAAAUGAAGGGCUCUACAGCAAGGUAGGACAAGGCCUGAACUCCAUGGGUCACGUGCUCCCGCGCGAGUACACGGACGUGCUCAAUGUGCUGUUGGGCCGGGCACCACCUGUUGCGAUCGCAGAGGUUCGAAAGACCAUCUGCGCCGAAACCGGCAGGGAAAUUGAGGAGCUGCUUGCUCGCUUUGACGAGGCACCAGUGGCCUCGGCGCCGAUUGCGCAGGGGCACCAAGGGCGGCUUCCGCCGCUGACAGACGGCUCCUCGCCGGAGCCGCAGAGGGUAGCCGUGAAGGUGCGCAAGCCGUGUAUCUCCACCCAAUCUGUGUGGGGCCUGUGCAUGUAUAGUGCCAUCAUGAUGCCCCUCAAGCUCCUGUUUCACCUGCCGACAGACUGGUCGAGGAAGACCGUGUGCGACGCGUUGGCACGCGUUAUGAGCGGAAAGGGCGCGAGGAGGCGCAGGCCGAUCAGCAGCAAGGCGCGCGGGUGCAGAACAUGUGGCGUCUCCUGCGGCCGGCCGAGUGGGCUGGGGUAG